AUGAGUUCUCCGAUUUUUUUGGCAAUCCUCAUUAUCAUUGUCAUGCCUAUGUUCCUGACUAUUAUCAGGAACCGAAGACAUGAACAAAACAGACUUCCUCCCGGGCCUAAGAGGCUUCCAUUCAUUGGAAAUCUUCACCAGCUAGGUCAAUUUCCUCAUCGAACACUUCAAUGUCUUUCGCGCAAACAUGGCUCCCUCAUGUUCCUUCAGCUCGGCUCUGUUCAAACCCUUGUAGUCUCAUCAGCAUCAAUGGCCAAAGAAGUUUGCAAGACACAUGACUUAGUUUUCUCUAGCCGUCCUAGUUUGUGUGCCGUAAAUAAGUUGGGUUACAAGAGCUCAACUAUUACUUUUGCUCCCUAUGGAGAGUACUGGAGGCAAAUACGAAAGAUUGCACUUGUAGAGCUACUAAGUGUGAGUAGAGUUCAAUCAUUUGAGGCUAUUCGGGAACAAGAAGUUGCGCUUAUGAUUGAAACCGUAGCAAGUUCUUUAUCUCGUCAGAUCAAUUUGUCAGACUUAAUGCUCUUACUAGCUAAUAAUAUUGUACUUAGAGUUGUAUUUAGUAUUAAAGGGAAUAAUUACGUUGAUAAGAAUGUGAAGAGUGAGUUUGAUGGAAUUCUUCGCGAAACACAAAAUUUAUUAGGCAUGGUUAAUAUCGCUGACUAUCUUCCCUGGAUCGGGCGGUGGUUUAACAAGUUGAAUGGAGUUGAAGCAAGAUUAAAUAAGAACUUUCGACAAUUGGAUAGCUUUUAUGACAAGGCGAUUCAAGAGCACCGGGAAUGCCUUACGACAAAAGCAGAUGAUGUACUGCUUCGAGUUCAGACUGAUCCAAAUCAAGAUAUUGCACUCACUGAUGAUCAGAUCAAAGCUGUUUUGACGGACAUGUUUAUAGCUGGAACAUAUACUUCUUCAGCAACACUAGUAUGGAUAAUGUCGGAACUCAUAAGAAAUCCAUCAGUAAUGAGAAAAGCACAAGAAGAAGUGAGAGGCCUUGUCAAGGGACCAGGGGCAUUCGUACAGGAAAGCGAUCUUCCAAAACUCAAGUAUCUAAAGAUGAUUACAAAAGAGGCCUCAAGACUCCACCCGCCACUCCCACUACUCCUUCCUCGAGAAACUACUGAAGCACGCAUUAUUGGAGGUUAUGUGAUUCCAGCCAAAACAAGGGUGUUGAUUAACGCUGCUGCAAUAUCAAUGGAUCCCGAACAUUGGGAGGAUCCAGAAGAGUUUAAGCCAGAGAGAUUCUUGAAUAGUUGUAUUGAUUUCAGAGGCCAGCACUUUGAGUUGAUACCGUUUGGGGCAGGUUUGAGGGGUUGCCCUGGAACCAAUUUUGCGGUGCUAGUUAUAGAGCUUGCGCUUGCUAAUCUGUUGUUCAGCUUUGAUUGGAGAGUGCCUGAUGGAAUGAAUGCUGAAGACAUCGACAUGGAAGAGGCUGUCGGAUUUGCUGUCCACAAAAAAACUCCUCUCUGCCUUGUUCCUUGUCCACCACCUCUGUAG